UAAGAUAAUCAAAUACUCUUCAAACAACUUAAAUCUAACAGCACAUUGACAAACAAUAAACCAAACAUGACCAGAAAUCAUAUGAUCUUAACAUUCCUUCUAAAGUUGCUGCUGUCAUCUGUCUCUACUGCUACAAACAGUACCUCAGAAAUCCGCCAAGCCAUUGAGGAGAUGAGGACAGCAAAUUAUUUCACCUUUAUAAUGCUGAUUAACAUGGCCCCUGCUGACCUUAUACAAGGAAACAUCACUUUCUUGAUGCCAAGAGACAAGACACUGUCCCAAACAUUAAUCCAAGAAAACAACGUGGCAGAUUUCUUGCAACGACAUUCCUUACCAUCACCAUUGCUUUUCGACCACCUCCAACACUUCCCAACAGGCUCCAUGAUACCAACUUCAAAACCUGACGUUUUCCUUAGAGUCAACAAUUCUGGAAAGAUGCAUUUCUUUCUCAACAAUGCCAGAGUCGUUAGUCAAAAUAUCUGCACUAAAAGUUCUUCCAUCAGAUGCCAUGGCAUUGAUCAAGUCCUGGAAGGUGCCACUUUGCCAUCUGAUCAUAUUAAUGCCAGUCUUCCUGUGCCUCCACCUUGUGAUCAUAACAUUACGAGUCCGCCUUUUGGGCUGGUUGCAUCACCUCCUGUAAUGUCACCACCAUCUGCAGCACAGCCAAUAAGUAGCAACAUUAGUCCGAUCCCAUCAUCAGCUCCAACACUGAAAUCUGCAGUAUCUUUAAGUAAAACCGGAAUAGCUGGGCUUAUUUGGUUGCUGAUGGCUGUGAAGUUAUCUCUUUGAUCGAAACUUAGGCUUCAAGUUGAAUCAAAGCAAGAUAGCAAGCUUGUAUAUGGAGGCAAAACGGGGAUAUACUGAUAUAUUACAGAGUUUGUAUUGCAUAUGGUACUUCUAGUCUAUUUAAACUUUGUUGUUUGUUUUGCCACUUUCUAUAGAUGGUCCAAAGGUAUCUUAUGUUUGAACUAGAUAAAGUCCACAAACAACUUUUUGUACUAUAAGGGUUUGAAGUAUUAAUUGACAGUUCUGCAUUAUUGUGUUAGUUUGAAUUUCAGAAACUGUGGAAUGAUUAUAAGUUACCGGUUGCAAAAGAAAGGAUCUGUAGGACCCAAAAUAUAACACUACCAGUAGUAGUAGUUAACUGAAUAAUGUAGAGAUAGAAAUGAGACCUCUUUUAGUAAGGGAAAUUCUGAGAAAGUGAGUUCGGAAUGAGGCUCUCUUCAUGCUGAGAUAGGGAGAAAUGCAACAAAUUGCUGGAGACUGGAGCAAACUCCUUGUUAUGGGAUCAUCAACUAUUGUAUUUGCUAGAUUGUAGCUUGAGAAAGGGAAAUUGGCAUGGAAUUGGAAAUAUGAGUUGGUAAGGCUGGAAAUACCAAGUUUUGGUGAAGUAAAGUUUGUGCUAAUAUCUAUAGCAACAGCUUUGUGCUGAACCAGAAAUUAAUGUUCCACAAUAUAACUUUCAUGGUUCUCUCAC